AUGGCCUCGCGACCGGCACCGCCGACACCACUGACGGUAGACGAGCAGGACGCGGUGCUGCGUGCGCGGCUGGCCCUCAACGAGCGCAGCCUGCGCGCGCUCCUCAAGCGGCUUCCCCCGGCCCUCGCGCUCGCCGGCGACGAGGGCGACGCGGCCCGGGCCUCGCUGCGGCUCGAUGUCGAGAGCUACGCGACGGGCCUGCGCCGGCUCCGCGGCGUCAGCAGCCGCACGACGCGCGACGAGGUGCGCCUCUAUACUGGCGAGGUGCAGCGGAUGGAGGCAGAGCACGAGCAGACGAAGCGCGACAUUGAGCUGCUCAAGCACGAGCUCGCGGCCGUGCAGCAGGAGCGCAAGAACAAGCUCGAGUACGAUGCGCUGGCGAGCGAGAUCAAGCGCUACGACGCCCGGGGCCAGCUGCAGACAUCACUCGAGGGGCUGGAGAGGGACAUCGAGGAGCUCGAGGGCGAGCGCGUCAAGUACGACGAGGUCAUGGCGCGCAGCCAGGCGCGCUUCGGCAGCAUCGAGGAGCAGCUCCAGGCGCUGCGCGCCGACGUCGGCUUCGAGGUCGGCGAGCGGGAGCGGCAGGAGGUGCAGCGUGCAGGCGAAGACGCGGGCGACGUGGGGACAUCAGCGGCGGCAGCUUCAGACGCAGCAGCAGCAGCAGCAGCAGCAUCAGGAGCAGGGCCAAAGCUCAACCCGGCUGCCGCCGCAUUCAGGCCAGCCUCGUCGGGGCACGGCCAGGGCGCCACGCCGCCAGAGUCCAAGGCGAGCAGCCGCGCGUCGUCGCCGGCGAGGACACGCAAGCGAAAUCGCGCAUCUCGGCGAGCAGGCGCACAGGAGGACGACGAGGAAGACGACGAGGAGCGGGGGUCCAAGCGGCGCGGCAUGGAGGCGGGCGAGACGAGCGACGUUGAUGACGAGGAAGAGGAGGAGGAGGAGGAGGAAGGCGCCGCUUGACUUGCUUGCUUCUCAUAGACGUGCCAUUGCCAUUGUAAUUGUAUGCGCAUCAGCCAG